CGUGAGUGCAUCUCCAUCCAUGUUGGCCAAGCCGGGGUCCAGAUCGGCAAUGCCUGCUGGGAGCUCUACUGCCUGGAACACGGCAUCCAGCCCGAUGGCCAGAUGCCAAGUGACAAGACCAUUGGCGGGGGAGAUGACUCCUUCAACACCUUCUUCAGUGAGACGGGCGCUGGCAAGCAUGUGCCCAGGGCAGUGUUUGUAGACCUGGAACCCACAGUCAUUGAUGAAGUUCGCACUGGUACCUACCGUCAGCUCUUCCACCCUGAGCAGCUGAUCACAGGCAAGGAAGAUGCUGCCAAUAACUAUGCCCGUGGACACUAUACCAUUGGCAAGGAGAUCAUUGACCUGGUCCUGGACCGAAUUCGGAAGCUGGCUGACCAGUGCACAGGCCUUCAGGGCUUCUUGGUUUUCCACAGCUUUGGUGGGGGAACUGGUUCUGGGUUCACCUCCCUGCUGAUGGAACGUCUCUCCGUCGAUUAUGGCAAGAAGUCCAAGCUGGAGUUCUCCAUUUACCCGGCCCCCCAGGUCUCCACAGCUGUAGUUGAGCCCUACAACUCCAUCCUCACCACCCACACCACCCUGGAGCACUCUGAUUGUGCCUUCAUGGUUGACAAUGAGGUUAUCUAUGACAUCUGUCGUAGAAACCUAGAUAUUGAGUGCCCAACCUACACUAAUCUUAAUUGCCUUAUUAGCCAGAUCAUGUCCUCCAUCACUGCAUCCCUCAGGUUUGAUGGAGCCCUGAAUGUUGAUCUGACUGAAUUCCAGACCAACCUGGUGCCCUAUCCCCACAUCCACUUCCCUCUGGCCACAUAUGCCCCUGUCAUCACUGCUGAGAAAGCCUAC